UGUGCACAGCAUGGGACGGUGUGUUUUAUUUACAACCGAUAGUGUUUGGUGUUGGAUAAGGGGACACGACUUUAUGGAUGCACUGCUUAAGUGCCCCUCAUUCUUUAGAUGACGUUAAUUUUUUUUUCUUACACUUCCAUCCGUGUCUGUGCUGUGUGUCGUGUUUGACAUGGACAGGCGUGCUGACGGAUUAUUCACUUUAAGGACAGUACUCUAGUGAUGUGGGCCUGUCCAUCCCACACAGCAGUGGAAUAUCAUGACUCUGCAUUAGAAGUUAAUCAUCCUUAGUACUGGAUUGUAGUGGAUUAUACUUUUUUCAUGUUGGUGUGGACAUCACCAGGCUGUCAAAUCAAGAUUAAAGCUCUUUGAACAAAGUCCAGACUCUGAAGACAUGGCUAAUGUAGCUAAAGGGAGGCCACCAUUGGCUAACAAACCAAAUGUCAUGGCCAAAUUUCCACUCAAAGCCACUGAAGAGGCCAAUGUAAACAACACUAAUAAACCAGGAGUCAAGUUAGGUCCUGGUCCUGCCAUCAAGCAAGAUGAGCUUUUUGCCAUCAAGAAUUCUCUGAACAAAGGUUCCCCAGGACGUAGUCCAGAAGUCAACAACUCACAUGAAAAAGAGCCAGAGACAAUUGAUUUUCGAAAAGUAGCUUUAAAACCUCCUGAAGCUAGAAGAGUUAGUGUACCUAAAGUGUUUCAAGGAGAAGAUGAUGUUUCAAAAUCUACUGAUCAUCCACCCAAGCUUCCUCAAGUAAAACCAAUGACUGGAUUAAAGACACCACUCAAAACUCAAGAUACUGUGAAACAAACUGAUGUGGUAUCAGAGUCUGUGCACCAGACACCUCUUAAAACCUGGGGUACUAAAUUGGCAUCUGGUUCACCUCAGCAAUCUGCCAAUAAUGGGAGCACACCCAUUGCCAAAUCUUGGGGCAAUAAAAAUCAAGCAUCAACCCAAGCAGCGCAGACUAAUGGUCCAUCUGUGGCCGCGGCUGCUACUUCUGUUGCCAAAAGUUGGCAAGCUAGGCAAAUUUCAACCACAACUUCACAGACGACUAUCCAGCCGGCCAAUUUAAAACCAUGGAUGGCUAAACAAUCAUCACCAUCAACUAAUGGCAUUACACUUGCCACUCAUUCUCCACCAGCAACGUCUCCAACUCUUCAACCUUCUACAUCCCCUGCUUUGUCCAACCAAGAGGCAGAAGAGGAAGAGCAGGAGAAAGGUAAAUUUGACUUUCGAAGUCAUAUGAAGCAAAGGAAUUCUCUCGUUUCUGAGCCAAAGUCACCUCUGACAGAUAUAACACCAAAGAACAAUGAAAAAGCUAAAAGUCCCAUUCCUUCUUCAAUAUCAGAUUCUAAGAAACUACCUGAUGUGUUGCUGAGGUUUCCUAACAAACAGGCCACACCAGUGCAAGACAAAAAGCGCCAGAGUAGCAACAUGAUAAUUGAACGCAAGUCUGACAACAAGAAUUUUAAAAAGGUGAAGCUUUCAACUUUAGCUCCAGAGUCUUCAAAACCUGCCAAACCAGCAUUACCAACUAGCAUAGACUUGACACAGGUCAAAGUUGAGUACCAAAAGAAAAUCCAGGACUUGCAGAGUGAAGCAGAUGCAGCCAAUGAUGGGGUGACUGAAGAGAUAUAUGAGGAUGGAAGUUCUACAGUUAGUCCUGUCUUACCAAGAAGACCAACAUUCAAGAGAAAUUCUGAGAGAGUCUCCUUGAUUCCUGACAUGGCCCCUGAAGAAGAAGGAGAUGUUUAUGAUGAUGGCACUUCAACAGCUAUAGUGGAUGAAAUCUAUGCAGAUGGUGAAACAGAGAAACCAGAAAUGAUUGAAUGUGAUGAUGUAUAUGAAGAUGAGGAGUCUUUUUCUAAGCCAGUAGAAACUGAAGAAGACAAGAAGAAACGUUUAAAAGAAGAGGCUGAAGCAAAAAAACGUGAGGAAAAAGAAAGAAAAGACAGAGAAAAACAAGAAAAAGAACAGAAGAAAAAAGAAGAAAAAGAAAAAAAAGAAAGAAUGAAACUGCUGAAAAAAUUCAAUCUAACUGGUAAAGAAGCAAUUGUAGGUCAGGGCACUAUCAAGCAAGAUGCUAAAGGUUCUGGGUUAACUCUCACUGUGAAGAAGGAUCAAACGGUGACUAUUCUUCGACUCAAUGAUAACCCACCAAACAAAUGGCUGGUCAAAAUUGAUGAAAAUAUUAUGGGCUAUGUAGACAGUAGUAACAUUGAAAUUGACACUAAAAAUAUAAAACAGACAAUGGGUAAAGUUCGUAAAAACUCCAAACAGCCAGAUGAGGAUGACCAACCUACGUAUGAUGAUGUCCCACCAGACACAGUUGCAGAUGAGAUAGAAGAGGAGAUUUAUGAAGAGUUGUGAGUGCCUAGUUGAUGUUACAGCUCAUUGUUGAUGUUCAUACUAUGCAUUGAUGUUCAUAUUGCACAAGUUGUUCAAACCAUUGUUCCUAAAUCAAGCUGGAAUUCAAAGGCCACAGAUCAAGUAUAAACUUUCUUCAUUGACACCAUAUUUACAUUAUGUUUUUUAAUUCAUUCAAGUUUGUUUCAAUUGGUGAGGUUCAAUUUUAGAUUGUGAUUACCAGAGCCAACAGUUUACAACACUCAAUUUGUAUGAACCUGACACUUAUGUUUAUGAAUGUUUGAUAAAAGAUAAUUUUCUUGAUUAUGUAUUUAGUAGUUUCAAUGGAUAUUGUCUUAAAAACAACUAACUUUCAAAUAUAUAGGUAGGUGUAACUAUAUGAUUGUGAUUUAAAUUAUGUAGUUAAAAACUGGAUGGAUUUGUUUUUAUUUAGUUAUGUGUAUUGUAAUGCUAAACAGCUCAUGUCCUUAAAACCACAUGAGAUAAAGACAAAACAGUAAAAAGUGUAUCAAUAUUUAUGCUUAUGUUGUUCUUAGCAUACACUCGUGCAGCAAAUCAUAGGAUUCACCAGGAGACACUUUUUAUGAAAUUUAAACAAGCCAUUCUACUGACCACUUUUACAAAUUGUAAUUCACUGUAACCUAUUUCUUUAUGUAAUAGAAUAGAGCUAAUACCAGUCCUAAAGAUUUCAUUAAUUGACUGUGUUUAGUGUUAAUACAAAGUCUGAAGACUUUUGAAGCCAGUAUAUAAUAAUUCAUGUAGAUAUUUGUGAGAACAAUUUUUUGUACUUUCCAGUCAAUAUACUUGUACAGUAGGUCACAUGGACCACCACAUAGAUGUUUCUAAUGAAUGUCAAUAGAACAAAUAGUAUGUAUAUCAGUUUUUAAACCACCCAGAUAUUUCUAAUGAAUGUCUAUAGAACAAAUUGCAUUUAUAUUAGUCUAUGCAAAUAUUUUAGCAGUAUAUAUUUCUUUAAUCUUUUGCACCUUUUUAUCAAAAUAAUAUUAGUUCCAAUACAUUUUUUAAGGUAUAGUAAUGCAGUUAGAUAAAAUUAAAAGUCUCAGGUAGUAAUACACAAUCUCUUCAUGAAGUUCAUCCUUAUUAUUGUAAUUAAUUACACAUUGGAACUAUUGUCUAGACCUACAUUCCUAAAAUCUUGCUUUCAUUUCUACCCACUCCAUAAAUAUAACAAUGAAAUUUUUAGUUUAUGAAUUCUAGUGGCUUAUUACAACUUUAUGCAUAUACUGCAAAGAUCUGCCAACAGAAGAUAUUCAACUGAGUCUUUCACAUUGCUCUGUUGGCCAACAUUCCUUAUUUUUCUAAACAUUCUCAAUUAUCUGGGUAAAAAAUAAUUCAUUUCUAACAUGUCUAUUUUUAUAAACAUUUUUACAAAUAUUUGAUACUGUAAACAUGAACAACUACUUCAAAGUUCCAUUCUGAAUGUUUGUCAAAAAGUGGGACAUUUGUGUUCCAAGCUUAGAGCCUCAGUCAUCUAGAUGAUCUUGAUGGGAGUGUUGAGUACACAUAGGCACCACUUGGGGAAUGUGCUGGCCACACUGUAUCUUCAUUAAGUUAUAGUCUGAGUGUAAUGGUCAACAUCAUCUACCAAGAGAAACCAAAUCCUGAAACAUAACUUGAUUGUGUUUGAAAAGAACAAAGUUGUUGAUUCCUGCUUCUUGUCAAGACAAGAGUAAAAACAUAAGACCUCUUGUGAUCUGAUGUUAUUAGUACUUAUGAUAAUUUCAAACUAAAUAAAAUUUUAUUUUGUUUUGUCAUUCCAUUGUCAUAAAACUUUAAAUGUUUUUAAAUAUCUUUAUUUUCCAUUUCUUCAACCAAAUGUUUAUGUUAUUGUAAAUGAUUUGAGAAACAUUUUAGUGCUCAAGUAUGCCUGCAAUUCUUUUUUGGUUUGAAAAAGAGUCUUAAUUUUAUUCCACACACAUCAUUUAAUGUAAAGCUUUACCUAUGUUUGAUUCCAUGCAUACAUUUUUUGUUAAAACCUUAACUUCUUAUAUGUGAAGUCUUCUAUUGUAGACAUGAUAUCUGUGGUAUAUUGGGGUCAUAAUGUGAUAUGUUUAUGUCAUGGCUGUGUUGAAAAAAUAUUGCACUUUUGUAUUUAAAAUCUUUUAAGAAAAAAAUUAUUAUUUAUUGUUUUGCAAUAUUUGGGAGACUUCCCCACUCCCCCUGUUGUUUUCCCCUCUCCAUGAGCUAAGGACAAAAGAUGGAACUUGAAUAGUUUCUUUGACCAAAAGAAGAUGAGAUUAUACAAAUGAACAAGUGCAGUUGGUGCUAUUGAAACAGAACACUACCCCCCCCCCCCCCUUCUCUUCAACCUACUUAUGUGUCAAUGUGUAAGAUUUAGAAAAUGUCUUCCAUUAGGUUUUAUGUAUGAAUGUUAUUUGACCUAGUUCAAACAUUUUCAUGGACAACUAUUUAUUACAUUAUUUAUGAUUGACAUUAAAGGGAAACUCUGAUGGUUUUUCAAAUUUGAGUUAUAAGACAUAUUUAAAUUCAGCAUAAAUAGUUGUAAUAGUAAACAUUUUACCAAUUUUUUAUUUAAAUGCUUAGAAACAUUUAUAUUUAAUAAAUUAGACUGUUAAUUCUUAACAUCUAAAAAAAAAGCUUGGUUCUUUGAGAUUUUGUCUUUAGGUUAGGCAUAGGUCAUUUCAACAAUACUGAAAGGGAAUCUAGAUCUAACCAAUUGUAUUGCUUCAUUUUUACAGUUGCUGUUAGGCUUAGUGAGGGCCUAGUCCUUAACUAUGAUAGUCACUGGUACAGUUAUAUAGAUCUAAAAGCUUUAGGAUAACCAACUCGAGAAAGAAAAGUUCAUCCACACCCCUUUCUGUCCCAAAAAUUAAAUAGAUCAUCUGUCUUACUGAUUCUAACAAAUUGGGUAGUGUAAGACUAGCCUGGAACUUUAGUAGGUUAUGUGUAGUCGGUCAUGACAAGAUGCUUUAGUGUUUGUUGUAUGUUGAGUGAGCAGGUGAGAAAAUACAUUCUGACAUGGUUAGUCAAUCAUGUAGAUCUACUCAUAAAACAUAUUUUAUUCUCUACUUGCAAGAUCUUGAUUUAACUGCUAUUUCUUUUAAGAAAUUGUAAACUUUAGUGUCAAUAAAACUACAAAAGUUAAGGUAGAUACUUUUCUUAAGACAUUCAUCAAACGGAACAAAAAUAAACAUUAAUAAAUAUAUCCUUUUUUAUUGUGCAACAAUGUUAGUAACACACAUCUUUCAUAGCUAUGUGGUGCCAAAGCGUAUAAUAGAUACCAUCAUACCAGUUGGUACUACUAAAAUUUAGGUCUAUAUCUACAAUCAUUUACACAAAGCAUUACAGUAACUAACUAUAGGGGAAAAAAGUAUUUUCAUCCACAACCCUCCCUGCUGAAAAAGUAAAUAGGCUGCAAGUGCAGCUGAUGUUAACAGCCUGGUCAGAUACUCCUAGACUACACAUUUAGGCCAUUCUGAUGUCACAUAGAAACUCGUUACAAAUCUGACCCUUUUGGAUGCACAUAAAAAUUAUGUCAGGAAAACAUCUAUUACAAAGUUAUUAUUGAAAAUAAAAUGAAAAGAAUAAAAUAUUCCUUUGGAAUUUAAAAUACAUUUCGAAAAUUGUCAAAAAACCAUUGAGUUUCCCUUUAAAGAAAUGCUGAUGAUAGCUGUAUUAUUAUGCUUUAACAUGUUAAAAAUUUGUUUCAUAAUUAAUCAAACCUGAUUGCAUGUUUCUUUAUACAUUUUAAGGCUAGACCUAUUGUUGAUUUUUUUUUACCAAGUGCACUUAAGUUUAAAGAGCUGAAACACUCACUUAUGGAUGCAACAAAAUGUUCUUAAGCAUUCUCUGUAGUUUGACUAUUACAUGGACUCAGUAUUAAACUUUAUGAACUAUUCAA